AUGGAUGCCAUGAAUUUCCAACUUUUGUCUUGGAUAUGGUCUUUAGUGAUACAAGUUCUUCUAAUCCUUGCAGGGCAUUGUGGAUCAUUUAAUUCCACAGAAGAAACUGCUUUGGAUCUUGAUGGUGGUACAGGACACAAGAAACCUCCUAGGAAGGGGAGGAAAAAAUUGCAAGCAGCUCAGGAUAACCAAGCUGCUGCAAUUGUAGAGCAAGAUAGGUCUGAUCAUGCUGCUUCGGAGUCCAAAGUUGAUGACAAAACUGGAAUGAAUUGCUCCUUUUCUAGAGAGGCAAAAAGGCACUCAGUUUCUAUUGAUGAAGAUGCUUUAAUGGAUGGUUCCAGAAUUUGCCCUGGAAGUAUAAACUAUUCAGCAGGUGUAAUGUCUGCUUCAAAAAGACGUACUAUGUCGAUUGCAGUUGAGGGUUUACAACCGUCUGAUGACUUAGAAACAGCAUAUCGUGUAACUGCAAAUAUGGGUAUAAGUUGUCGGGUGGCGCAAACCUGUGGAGAAUUUUCCAAGGGAUCAAUUGCUGGACAAGAAAAGCCUUGUGACUCUGUUGAAUAUCCAAAGCCUGGGCAAGUGUCUGACUGCAGAAUUUCAACCAAAGAUGCUCCAGUUCCUCUUGCAACCAAAGUUUUCCACUUACAAAGAAAUAAUCGUCUCCGGGCAGUACUCAACCAUCUUUACUUUGAAGCAUCAACAUAUUCCAGUGAUUCUCUGAGCCUUAAAGUGGUACAAGGAAGUGUGGUACUUCCAUCUCAGGAUUCGUCACCUAAGAAUUCAUUGCAUGACAAAAUGGAUGACCUACUGCAAAGGAAGAAAGAUACUUCUGCAUUGCAUGCUGCACGCAAGCCUGACCAAAUUUUGGCUCAAAGUUCUGAAUUGUGUUUGGGAAACUCAAAUGGCCAUCCUGCAAUCACAAGCAUCUCGAAUCAGUUUUGGGACAAUAACUUUUCAAGACCUGGAAUCUCUGUUGAUGCUUCUCCCAUGGGGAUGAUAAGAGGCAGAUAUCUUUCGGCCCCUUACUCUUUUCCUGGUAACUCUGGCACAUCGCUUGGGACCAUGCAGCAGCCUGAUGGAAGUGUUCCAGUUAUAUAGCACUCUCAAAGAGAUGCUUUUCUUUGUGAGUAAAUUUUAUACGUCAUCGCCCAAUUCAUUCGUAUAGGUCAUCCACCAUUGAUGUUGGCAUUUUCGCGUUGUUCUUUCCCACAGUAGAGAUCACAUUAUCAAAGUUCUUUUUGUCUUCAGGGUGAUAUUUAUGAUUUGCGAUGUUAAUGGAACCUUUUUUUUUUUUCUUUAUUGGGAGUAAGCUUGUAGUCAUGGAACUAAGUUUUCUUGAGCAUCAAUUUCCUGGAACUGCAUAUAUUUGAUGAUUAAUUGUUUACUAAUUACCCAUUUUAUAUUUAUUUUAUUAUUUUAAAAUUUUUAUUAA